AUGAGGUUCCUGGAAGUAGAAACCGGAUUCCCUACGCCACCGUCCUCCGCCACCGAUCGUCUUCCUCGUUCACGGUGGUGGACACAAUCACAAUCAUUAUUAUUUAGUGGUAAGGAACUCACUCAACAAGAGAAAUCGGCUACUCUUAAACCCUCAUUGCUCGGCUGCUUAACCGCCUUCGUCGUUAGCAUCAUCGUCUUCUUCCCCAUACUUCGUUGCAACGUCAGCUUCUCCGUCGAAUCCAUCUCCUUUUCUCCCUCUUCCGCCGCUUGGCACGUCGAUUUCCUCGUGAAAUACCCGAGCUCGAGGUGCGCUAUCUACUACGACGGCGAUGACGUGUAUGCCAAGCUCGGUCCUGUAAACGCCGCCGUUUUGAAGACAUCCCACACGCGUAGCUCUGGUGGUUACACGAGGUUCUCGGUUGAUCUCGCUACGGAGAAUAAUCAAAGCGACGUCGUUUCAGCUUCUCCUAGGGUUUUUGAACUGGACAUCAAACUCAGUGCUAAGAAUACGAAAAAUCUCUAUGGCAAUGAAAUUGCAAGUGGACAUUUCGACGUCAGAUGUGAGAAUUUGAUAACUGAUCAUUUAUAUAAUAACGAUAACUCCAUCUCCAUCCCAAAAUAUUCAAAGUAUGUUUUAUACCUCGACAAGUCGACAUCGAGGAGAUUCAAGAUAAGGAUUCAAGUUAUCCCGUCACAUCGUCUCAUAUUUCCGAGCAACGACCCGAUCAUAUUACCCGCCGGAUCCGCCGUGAAGUUCACCGGUAUAUCGCCGCAAAACACCAACAAGAAUCCAUUUCCAUAUUCAAUGCCUGUCUUCACUCCAGCAAUAAUCUCAACCCGAAUAUCCCAAAUCACGUCGCCAAUAACUUCCGGCAUCGCUACCACCGUUUCGAAAACGACGUUUGUUUCGUCUCCGGUGACAACUUGUCCGAAAGGAUCCAUCGAUGGAGAUGAUGAUUUGGCGAUAACUUCGUCGCCUCGGAGUAAACGCGAUUUGAUUGGACGCAAAGAGAUUUUACAGCCGGUGACUGGACUCCUCGCAACAAAACCGAUUCUCCAUUCGGCGGCUGAAACCCUUGCGUUUGCGUUUGCGUUUGAGACGGAUACGGUAUCGGCAAAAAGCUCCAAGUAA